CCCUGAAGAUAAAUUUACAAACAAUAAAAUGUGUGUUGCUCAAUGAUCGGUGAGCAAUGAUCGGCCAACAUAUAUAAAGAAGAGAAAUCAAUGUUUGAUCACACAGUUGAAUAACUACUGAGCUACACUGGUCUUCAGUGAGAUAUCAUAAACCAAGUCUUCCCCUAGCAAACCAAAAUCUCAACAAAUAUGAAGUUCUUUGCAAUUGCAAUGAUUCUGGCAGUUAUCGCCUGCACAAUGGCUUUCCCAACCAUUGAGGAGUAUGAAGUGGAGGAACGGGGAGAUCGACACAGACGUGUGACCUGUGACCUUUUGAGUUGGGGUGGUGUUGUUGGCGAUUCAGCCUGCGCUGCCAACUGUCUGAGUAUGGGUAAAGCCGGUGGUAGCUGCAAUGGAGCUAUUUGUCAGUGCAGAACUACAACUUUUUCUGACCUCUGGAACAAGCGCUUUGGCUAGUCAAAUCUCGGAAUGGGCUUAAUACGUUAAACGCUGUCUCCCUUCUGAAUGAAAAAACUAUCACCACCGAUCCCUUUAGAUGACUUGUAAGCCUUUAAAGCUAUUAUAAAUAACCUGUAUUACCUCAGAUAAUAAAGUAUACAAUUUUCAUAAAUAUAA